UCCCACAAGGGUUUCUGCUGCUCUUUGUGCUUGCUGGUCAUGGCGCUUCUGCUCCUCUCCUUGGUGCUACUGUUCUCUCCCUUCGCUGUGUCUGCGCCGCCGGAUCUAAAAGAUCACCAGGAGGCCGACCGCGUCCGGAGGCUUCCCGGCCAACCUCCGGUCAGGUUCCGGCAGUAUGCCGGAUAUGUCACCGUCGACGACCGCAGUGGGAAGGCCCUCUUCUACUGGUUCUUUGAGGCUACUCACGAGGCGGCGGAGAAACCAGUCCUUCUGUGGCUUAAUGGAGGUCCUGGUUGUUCUUCUAUUGGAUAUGGACAGGCACAAGAGUUAGGUCCGUUCUUGGUGAAGAAAGGGAUUCCUGAAUUAAAAUUCAAUAACUACAGUUGGAACAAGGAGGCAAAUUUGCUCUUCCUAGAGUCACCAGUUGGGGUGGGAUUCUCUUACACAAACACCUCUUCUGAUAUUCCCAAACUUGGAGAUAAGAUCACAGCAAGAGAUUCCUACACUUUCCUGGUAAACUGGUUCAAAAGGUUCCCACAGUACAGUUCCCAUGACUUCUUCAUCUCAGGGGAGAGCUACGCAGGGCAUUAUGUUCCGGAGUUAGCAGAGUUGAUAUUUGAUGAGAACAAGAAGGAAGGCGAUGGCCAUUACUACAUCAACCUCAGGGGUUUCAUUAUUGGGAACGCAUUGCUGGAUGAUGAGACGGACCAGAACGGGAUGAUAGACUAUGCGUGGGAUCAUGCCGUUAUAUCAGACGGCCUCUAUCACUCCAUCAAGAAGCACUGCAACUUUAGCCAUGUGAACCAGACUGAGGAGUGUGAAGCUGCCAUUAAUGGAUACUACGCCGUCUAUGAUAUCAUAGAUAUGUAUAGUUUGUACACACCAACCUGCACCUCGGGAGGCGGAAGCCGUUCGAGGAGGCCGAUUCCCGGCGUCGCCCCCAAAGUCUUAGCCAAAUUUGGGGGUUGGCACAGGAAGCCGGCGGGAUACGACCCAUGUUUGGACGUCUACACAGAAGUCUACUUCAACAGGCCUGAUGUUCAGGAGGCACUUCACGCCAAUGUCACAGGAUCAAUCAGCCGCCCCUGGUCUCUUUGCAGUGAUGAGAUUAACAGUUGGGCUGAUGCGCCAUCUUCCAUCCUCCCGAUCAUCAGAAAGCUCGUCCAUGGCGGCCUCCGAGUUUGGGUUUACAGUGGCGACACAGAUGGCAGAAUUCCGGUGACGGCAACAAGGUAUACACUGAAAAAACUUGGAUUGAAGGUGGUGGAAGAAUGGGUACCUUGGUACCACCAUCAGCAGGUUGGUGGGUGGUUUGAAAUUUAUGAUGGACUGACAUUCGUGACAAUUCGUGGAGCCGGGCACCAAGUUCCCACUUUUGCUCCAGCUCGUUCGCGUGAACUCAUCAAGCACUUCUUGAAGAAUCGGAAGCUUCCAAAAGAGCCCUAUUAGCAUGCAUCAAUGUCAGGGGAACAUGAAAGGGAAUGAGCUCAGAGGCUUCCUAGUUCGUGAUAUUUUUGAUGAACCAUUCAGGCUGUUGGAUCUCAAUCACUCAAUGAAGUUCAUCCGUAGCCACGCAGUAGCGAUGAAAUUUGAUACCUCCUGUAUUACUGAAAUAAAAUUUGAAUGAAUU